AAGAUAAGUGACCGUAUUUGUAAUUAAUCGUCGGAAGAGUUCCCUUCCCUGGAAACUGGACAGCUGAUAACUGAGAUAUUAGCUUCAGCGACGAUCAUUUCAUCAUCGAGAAGCAGAGCAGAAAUGGCGCAUUUGAAGAUUUCAAGUCAGUAAGACAAACAACAGCAGAAAUCAGUCGUCUUCCCCUUCGCCGGAGUCGGCAAUCAUGACGGUGGCAGCGGGGAUCGGGUAUGCCUUGCUGGCAUUAGGACCUUCCCUCGCUCUCUUCGUCACCGUCAUCUCCAAAAAGCCAUUUCUGAUCCUCACCGUCCUCUCAAGUACUCUGCUAUGGCUGGUAAGCCUAAUCGUGCUGUCUGGAUUCUGGCGCCCAUUUCUCCCUCUCAACUCCGCCGCUUCCUGGCCGUUCGCCGUGCUUAUUAUCACCUCCGUCGCGUUUCAAGAAGGCCUCCGGCUGCUUUUCUGGAAAGUUUACAAGCGAUUGGAAGAUAUGUUGGAUGCGUUUGCAGACAGGGUAUCGAAGCCACGGUUGUACCCUACUGAUAAGAUGCUAAUUGCUCUGGCUGGCGGUUUAGGUCAUGGUGCAGCUCAUGCUGUUUUCUUCUGCCUGAGUGUUUUAACUCCAGCAUUUGGUCCAGCGACAUUCUUCGCUGAUCAAUGUCCGAAGCUACCAUUUUUCCUUGUUUCGUCAAUUAUUGCUCUUGCGUUUGCUACAAUUCACACAUUCUCGAUGGUGAUUGCCUUCAAUGGCUAUUCAGAUGGGAAUAAGCUGGACCAGCUUUUCGUCCCUGUGGUUCAUCUUGUCACAGGAAUGGUGACGCUGAUCAAUUUCACGACUGGAGGGUGCAGUAUUGGGAUCCCGAUCCUCUACAUAAUCGCCAUCUUGACCCUUCUGCAUUGUGGGAAGAUGGUGUGGGGAAAACUAACAGAGAACCAAAUCCGUCUAUAGGUCAAAUUCAUAUUGUAAGAUCUAAAGAUUCACCAUCUCUUGUUUUUUUGCUGGUGCAACCAUUUGUACUUAUGCUUGCUGCUGCUGCUGGCACUAGCUUAGAUAGAACAGAGAAGUCUGAUAUUGGAUUGUUAGAUAGAGCUUCUUUUGCAAACAAAACUAUGUUGUACUGGGUGGACCAAACCCAGAACUUGUGGGAAAAGAAAAGGAAGAAGAAAUUAGUGCAUUUCCAGCUCUAUUUGGGUAAUUUAGCUGUACUUUACCAUUUACACCCAAAAACUGUGGCUGUAUGCAUUUAACCUGCAAAUAUUUGGUGAAUGUAUACAGGUUGUACACAGUAAUCCACAGUUGUUUUAAUGGGGAAAAUCACUAAUAAAUCAGUCAUUGUAAGGAAAGUGAGUGAAUGAAUUGAGUGAAAUGUACAUUCACUCAUUCUUUUUGGAGAAAGUAUCAUUAGUGAAUGUAUUUAAGUCC